AUGGCUGAGGCAGCACCGCACCGCAUCGCGGGCCGCCGGCCAGGCGACGCGCCGCACGACGAAAAGGCGACGGACGGCAAGCCCCUCAUCGGCGUAUUAGCGCUGCAGGGCAGCGUCGAGGAGCACAUCGACGUCUUGCACAAGCUCGGCGCAGCCACGAGGGAAAUAAGAGUCAAGGAGGAGGUCGCGGGCGUCGACGGCUUGAUUUUCCCGGGCGGCGAGUCGACGGCGAUGGCAACCUUCCAGUGCACAAAUCAAUUUCGCGGCGAUUCAUGCACGACAUCGACAGCACCCGAGUCACUGGUUGAUUUACGCACAGGCCAUCAUGACCGAGGGCGACGGUUUAUUUCCGGCGCUGCGCGAGGCAGUAGGAAACGGCGUGCCGGCCUACGGCACGUGCGCGGGCCUCAUCCUGCUGGCGGACGACUGCGUCGGCCAGAAGGCGGGCGGCCAGGCGCUCGUCGGCGGCCUCGACUGCACGGUCUGCCGCAACUACUUUGGCGCGCAAGUCUCGUCCUUCGAGCUGCCCCUCGAGGGCUUUCCGGACGCGGCGCCGGCCGUAUUUAUUAGAGCGCCGGCGAUCCUGAAGCGGGGGCCGACCUGCGAGGCCCUGGCGUCCGUCACGUCGGCGCCGUCGCGCGACGCCGCGCCGCACGUCGAGGCCUUCGAGCCGGCCAAGAAGAAGCGCAAGGGGUCUUCUUCUGGUGAGCGGGAGGUCUGCGUCGCUGCGCGCCAGGGCCACAUCCUUGCGACGUCGUUCCACCCCGAGCUGACGUCGGACUCGCGCUGGCACGCCAUGUUCCUCGACAUGGUGCGCGAGCGGAAGAAGGAGUAA